AUGGUGAGCAGGAGGGAUUAUACUGGCUGCCCUCACAGAGUGUCUGUGGAGCAGUUGCCUGGAAUGAAUUAUGAGAGAAAGAUUAGGCAAGAGUAUAUGGGAAACUCUUCUGUAACUGUACCAGUGGGGCCCUGCCUGUGUCCUGGCCACGACAUGGCUGGCCAGCUGCUAUUGGGCUCUGCUGGACCUGGACCCCUUCUCAAGGGUCACCUGGAGAUCCAGAGGAAGGAACGAAACCCGCAAGCACCAAACGCCGUCCAAAACAGAAACAGGCAAAGCAGACCCGGCAGAGGGCAGCACUGCCCCGAGGGAGCUCCGCGGCCGCGGGCCCGGGAGCGCUCGCGGGCCGGGAACAGCUCCCACGGGCCGCUCUGGCGCUGGGAAAUAGGCGCCCCCACUUCCCAGGGAUACAGCCGGAGCACCCCAGCGGCUGCGCCCGCAGAGCAGCUGCAGGGUGCUAGCGAGCGGCUGCCGAGUUUCGCCUGUGUGCUCGCUGGUUGUUGGCCGGAUGCCCGCGGAGAUCCCCAGCCCCGCAGGAAGCACCUGGGAGUCCCGCAGCCCCUCCAAGAGCUGAGGAAUAGAGGGGGAGUGCUUUGCCCGCACGUUCCCAGAGCGGAAGACAGCAAAGGCCAAGUCGAUUGGCGAAUAGCUGCCGAGUCUUUGCUUACCCGGGCUCCCCAUGCAGGAGUGGGACAGUUUCUUCCUGCUGCUUGCAGUUUCUCCCACGUAAUCUUCCUGAUCUCGCUCCUUUUUUCUCUGCCGCUGGUGGUAGGCAAGUUGCAUUCAGAAGAGCAUUUUACAGUAACACAGUCAGUGGCAACCGUGGUCAUUAAUGGAGCCUGCCAUUCACUGAACUUCCAGCCUGGCUGUGUGCCAAGCCGCUACCACUCUGGAGUGAUGCAUAUACUGCAGUCUGAAAACUCAUUUCUUAUGCUACUUCCUCUCUAGGCGGCUGAGAAUAGCUGCAAGACCUAGGAAGGAAGGAUCCAGUGCACGGAAAUUCUCAGUGUUUGCAAGAAAUGUGUUAAAUGUAAGCUCUGUUUGCCAGUCUUUACCACUUCAUUGCCAGUCUGAGAUGACAACAGAGAAUCUCACUUGGAUCUGACAAUCCGCAUGAUUCUGUAUUUGGGAAAACUUUCAACAGAACUCCUGAGCAGGAACUGAAAGUGCAAGAGACCUACAGAAAGACAAAGGUAAAGAUCAAAAAGGCUGACACCACAAAGUAAAUGAAAAAGAUGAGAUUGGUGAGGCUCAAUCUGUAAACAAUGGCACCUAAAAAGCUCACAUUGUCUUCACAACCAAAACAAGUACAGUUUUGAAUUGGAUUUGGAAGAGAAGGAUUCAGUAGGACAAAGAAUAUUAUUGGUCUUUAUGCUAUUGAAGAUGAGCUUACUUUACUGAAAACCUAAAAGGGAAGGCAAUCCCAAGAUGAAUGGACUAUCUGGAUGAAAGCUUCCAGGAAUGAAGUCAGCAGAACUGAGCUGACUAAGGUAAUUCAGGCAUUGGGAGAUCACGUCCAGCAAGACAUGGACCACCCAAGAGAGACUCAAAUGGAGGGAAGAACUGCUCAAGCAGACUAAUUAGCAUGAGAAGUCGGAGUUGUAACAAGUAGGGGUUUGAGUACUAACCAAUGAAAUAAUUCUGUUAUCUGUAACCAGAGAAUCCUCAUGCCUUUGUUAAAAUGUAAAAAUAGUGUAAAAUUUUGGUGAUCAGGAACCCAGACUUUUGUGAGUUACCAUUCAGCUCCCUACUUUGCAUGUAAUAGAAUAAAAAAUUAGAAAUACCUCUCCCUGCAAUGUAAAUUGGCACUUUGUACUAGGUAAUAAGCCUGCAUUUGUGACAACAUUAUCACUGAAAGGAUAUAAUAACCAGAUAACUUGCUUUGGUGUUCUAUACAAUGUGAUUUCUUUUGUUUUUUUGCAAGGUAUUCCACUAGAAUAUUUCUAAAAAUGCUUUGGGUGGUUAAUAUUUUUGACAUCAUAAAAUACUUUGGCCAGGCAGUGUGCUGGGCAUUGCUCUAAAACUUAGUGUCAAUGAUGAAUCCAGCAUAUUUCUAUAAUUAGAAGCCAAGCCUUUACUGUGCAAGUUUGUGAUGUAAAUGACUCAUAUAAUCUGUGAAGCUACUGCAGAACUGGCAAACAAGGAAUUUUAAGAGAUGUCAUUGAAAAAAGCAAAAAUUACUUGAUGCUUGCCUCAUCAUAUAUAAACAUAAUUUUCCAAAAGGUUUUUGAACAUAUUUGCACACAGUAUAACUAAUGCCAUGACUAAUAUCUAUCCAUGUGUGUCCACAGUGCUUUACAGAUGUGAUGAAAAAGACUGUGAACAAAAGUUGACCAGGUCCACACACAAUAAAAUAGAGGGAGGCUAUAAGGAAUAAAAAAGAAGUUAAAUUUUUUUGCAAUUACACUCCUCAUAAGCUCCAAUUAAUUGUUUUACUAACUUGAUAUGAAAACAGGGAUUCAGAUCUGUGAGCUACCAAGUGAGGACUGAUAAAACAUGCAUUUUUACCCUACUGUCUGUUUAUCAACUGUGGAGAUAUUCAUCUAAAUCUCAUUUUAAAUCUUUCUGGCUGCCAAAUAAGAUGGUGUGCAAACUAUUCCAUAAACUGUGCAUUUUGUCAAAAUGGAGUUGAAAAAACUGUUUUAUUCCAAAAAGGGGCCUGUGAAAAUUCUAGGAACAUUUGCAGUAGAAAUGCUCAAGUCUGUGUUGGGGGAGGGAGGAGAAAUAUCUAACUGCAGUAGCUAGCAACUUCUAACACAGAGAAAACAGUUAUUGUAGAUUUUGCAACAUUAAUAGUGAUAGGGAAAUGUUUUGACCAUCUUUCCUGUAAUCCAGUGAUGAAUCUUACAGUAUUUCUUCCACAGUGCUUCACCUUGAAGUAGAGUAUAUUUUACAAAAGACAGUUUUUUCCUCUGACUUUCUUUCCUCUAGGAAUCACAUAGGCAGCCCAGAAUUCUUUUGUGUUAAUAGUUUUUAUACUUGACGCCAGUGUAUUCUAGUGUACUAUAAUGUGUUUCCUUCUUGAGGAAAGUAUCCAGGUGCUCUGUAACCAAUGAUACAUUAAAAAAAUAGCAAAUUUAAAAUACCCGCAAGGUGAUUUAAGUUUAACCUAGUUGAAGAUACUGUCAGAAGUGCCAUGUGGCUCUAGAUGAAGUGCAAUGCUCCCUGACAGAUGAGUAGCUAAUGCAAAAUUGAGUCCAGUUACUUUUUCAUUUUAUGUUUUUAUGCUGCCCACUGCUUUCAGGUAAAAACAGUCUAUUUUAAUCAAAUAGCAAAAUGAGGAGUAUAAGUAGACAAAUUAUCUCCAUUGCUGGUAAAUCCUCUGUGUGUUCCCAAAGGUGUUCAGUGUGACACUGAGUUUGAUGAUAUAUUUGCUCCAAGUGGUGUCCAAAAAAAUGAUGCGGGCAAGUUUCUGUUUCUAUCAUGUUUUUUAAAAUAGACAUGAAGUAAAAUGUUUAUGUUUACCUAUGUUUUAAGGGUUUCCAAGACAGCCUCUGUGUGUGUGCAUACGUACCAAAAUAUGCUUUGUUUUUGUCCAGUCUUCAGACACACUAUAAUUAGAGUGGUUCAAUAGUAAAUCACAUAAAGCCCUCUUUUUUCAGUAACAAAUAUGUCUGAAAACAUUUAUAAAGGUUUGAGACCAUAUGAAAGUUCAGAGUUGAAUGAACUUGAAGUCAUGGGGAAAGUAUUAGACUGUACAUUACAGAACGUUGUUAUAAAGGCAUUAUUGCCAUAAUAUACCAGGGAAUUUUUAUCCAAUGUUUGAAGUUUUAGUGCUGUGGGAUUCUUGGGUUGAAUUUUGUGACUGUGCUAGAAAAAUAUAAUUAUAAAUUGUAAAUGCUUUUGUAUUUUGAAAAGAGAAAGUAAACAUUUCCCUUGCCCUCAGUUUUCCAGUCUGUAUAAUUCAGUGAUGGAUAUGAAUUUUCAAAUCAAGGCUCUUCAUGUUUUAUUCUUAACUUAUAAUUAGAACAAAAAAUGUUCUAAUAUUUGUUCUAAUAUGGGCAAUUUGAAAUAUAUUUAAAUCAGAGCUCUUCUUAUAUUAGGUCUACAAGUGAUACACUGUCACACCAAAAGUUCCAAUUUAUAAUAUGGCCUCAAAUCAUGAACACCAGUGGUACAAGUCCACUAUGACGUUUUUUGAUAAUUUCACAUCUGUGUAGGCUGACCUAAAUCUCAGUCCCCUACACUUUCAGUCACACAAUGCCAGCACAGCUGGAUGCUUUUCUUGCUGGGUUUCUCACUGUCAAAUUCCUGAUGUUCUUGCCUGCUAAGCUCUGGAGAACACCAGUAGCUUUAGGUGAAGUGGAAUAACGUAUGUGCUUGCCACAGAAAGAUGUCAUAUUGCCAAGCGUGUUUGGGGCUCUGGGUGUCGGUGCUGGUCAUUAGGUAAGUUAGGCUGAAAUCCAGCCUCAGUGCAAGAGAUUUUGCAGGUCUGUCUGUGUGUUAUUUCAGUCACAUUGAGAGUCUUGGUGCCAGGGUGUCGUAAACACUCUGACUGGAUGACAGGUAUGCACCAAAACCCCUCUGUUUCUCUGAUCCUCAGCAGGACAGAGAGAAAAUGCAGCAAAAGGCUCAUGUGUGCACGUAAGGACGGAAGAGAUCACUCACCAAUUACCUUCACAGUCAUAAGAGACUUCUUUGGUAAAUUAAUUUAACUUUAUUACAACUCAAAUUAGAGUAUAAUAAUAAGAAAUAAAAUCUUAAAAACAUCUUUCAGCCAUCCCUCCCUCUUUUCUGGUCUUAACUUCACCCAGAUUCAGUACCUCCUCCCCUCAGUGGCACAGUGGGGUGGGCUGUGGUUAUUUCAACACACUUUGUUAUUGCAGGUCCUCCCUCCACAGGGGAGGACUUCUCACACUCUUCCACAGUGUGUGGUGUCUCCCACAGGAGACAGAAGUCCAUGAACUUGUCCAAUAUGAGUCCCUCCCACGGGAUGCAAUUAUUCAUGCACUACUCCAGUAUGACUCCCUCCCACACGGUGCAGUCCUUUGGGAGCAGUCUGCUGCAGUGCGGUUCCAUGCCACAGGGUGCAAUCCUUCAGGAAUGCACCGCUCCAGCUUGGGACCCCCACAGGGUCACAAGUCCUGCCAGGAAACCUGCUCCAGUGUGGACUCCUCUUUUCACAUGGCCACAAGUCCUGCCAGGAGCCUACUCCAGCACAGAGGCUUCCCACAGCAUCCCAUGCUGCUUCAGGCACCCCCACCUCCAGCUUCAGGUUCUCCAUGGGCUGCAGGGGCACAGCUGUCUCACCAUGGGCUGCACCUUGGGCUGCAAGAGAAUCUGCUCCAGCACCUUGAGCACCUCCUCCUCUUUCUUCUUCACUGGCUUUGGUGCCUGCGUGGCUGUUCCUGUCAUAUAUUCUCCCCUUUUCUCUGGCUACAAUUUGCUUCUGUGCAAUAACUUCCUUCCCGUCUUAAAUUUGUUGUCCUGUAGUCACUACUGCUAUUGUUGAUGGACAGAGCCAGUGGCGAGUCUGUCUAGGAGCAAAGUGACACCGGAAUCAUUCGAUACUGGGGAAACUUAUGGGAGCUUCUUACAGAAGCUACUCCUGUACCUCUCUGCUACCAAAACCCUGCCAUGCAAACUGAACACACAAUAACAGCUGUCACCCUGUGCAAUUCUGACCUGCACCCCACGAGUAAAUACUGGUUUUGCUAUCAGCUGUGGAGUUACUCUUGGACUAGGCCAA